ACCUCAAACAGACAACAAGAACAAGAAAAAAAAAAAAAAACACUUUCUUUUCCAAUGUCUUCCGAUGAUCUCUUCCUCAGUUCUUUCUUCCCCGACCCAUUCGAUUGCAUCCUAGAUCUCGACAUUCUCCAAGAAAUCAAAGACACCCAUUACACUUUCCAGCAAGAAUCACCAAACCCACUCGAUCAAUCCGCCUCAAUCGACCAAAUCAUCCAUCCCCUUCCUCCACCCUCUUCCUCUUCAUCAUCUUCCCCACCAAAUCCAAUCGGACAUGACCAAUGUUUCAUGCAGAGAAGCAUCUCCUUAGAUGAAAGACCAGCCAACCUCAACGGUGUUAUGGAAUCCCUAAACUUGAAUCAUGUUAAACCUCCGACCUUGAACUCCCCUGAAAUGAACCCGACUUUAUCCUUUACCCAAUUCCAAAUGAGAAGGGUAUGCAGCACCGGAGACUUGGUUGAAGAAACGCGUUUCAGAAUCGGUCCAGGGCGUUACACGCCGGAGGAGAAGAAAGAGAGGAUUCAUAAAUACAGAGAGAAGAGAAACCAGAGGAAUUUCAGUAAGAAGAUUAAGUAUGCAUGUAGAAAAACACUAGCCGACAGUCGACCGAGAGUACGUGGUAGAUUUGCUAGAAAUGACGAGCCAUCUGAUCACAUGAUUCCAAAGACUGCAACUUUUAACCGUUAUGAUGAACAAGACAAUCUUUGGAUUAACAACAAUUUGAAUGGAAAUGAAGGAACUGUAAGAGGAGGGAAUGUGUUUGGUCUAUGGAAUUCAACCGGCGGACAGUUGCAAGAUUGAAAAUGGAAACUUUAAUUGAUAAUGUUAUAAUAAUG